AAUAUAACGUUAGGCCUAAUCACCAUAAUCACAAUCACAGUUUGUUAUAUCCUAAUCGUAAUUCAUUAAUUUAGCUAAAUAACGACCUAACUUAAUACUUGUACAUUUAAACCUGCAAUUAGUGAUAUUUUAGCCACUUAUGCGCUGUGGGAAACAAGCUUUCUCAGCUUUUUUUACAACUAUCAUCUUGAAAUUCAGACGCUAACCAUGCUAGCAAACAGUUGCCUAACGUUAUAUACACAUCCAGCAGACACGGAGCAACAUUAUCAUUCAUACUGAGUCAUGUUUAUGCUACCUGGCGAAUGCUGGAGGCCCGAAACUAGUCAUUUGGAACAAGAGCGUCUCUUGCCGUCCACUUCAACUCAUCUGACAGCAUCCUGCUGACUUUUGAAAAGGGCACGAAUUCGGUGGACGCUAAUAAUCCCUGGUAAGGCCCGAAGGUGGAGUUUCCGAUCAAGAGUGGUAAAUGGCUGCUGUGUGAACAAUCUCAGCUGGCUUCUUUAAUGUGUCUAUGCAUUGCAGCGCGCAGAGCCCAAACUCUUGCGCGAGAGCCGGGCGGCACAUACUACUCUGUAUGUGUAUGUGAAAUGAGGAGAAACUAAGUGGCUACUACAACCACCCAGAUCAGACAGCCUCCCUGUGCUGCAAGAUGGAUUAGAGCCCCACACCUCAGGAGAUCAAAGGUGGCUGUGACAGGGGCACCCCCGGGGCAGGACCCAUGAGGAGUCAUAGAAGAUGCUCACAGCCUGGGCGCUUCUGCUCUUCUUAGCCAUGUGGGUGAGAAGCACCUCUGGUGGCCCGCUCUCCUUCAGAAUAGCUGCCAUCCUUGAUGACCCUAUGGAGUGCAGCAGAGGAGAGCGCUUGGCCAUCACGCUGGCCAAAGACAGCAUCAACAGGAACAGUAACCGCUCAACCACUGGCAAGCUGGAGGUGGACAUCUUUGAACUGUUGAGAGACAGUGAAUAUGAGAUGGGCGAAACAAUGUGCCAGAUCAUGUCAAAAGGGGUGGUGGCAGUCCUCGGUCCUUCUGCCAGUCCGGCCUCCAACUCCAUCAUCAGCAAUAUCUGUGGAGAGAAGGAGAGUUGCGUGCAUGCCGUGCUGCCCACAGCUGAAUGCAAGUCGCGGUUUCUCGCGGUUCCAUUUCAGGUGCCGUAUGUAAAGGUGGCUCCAGAGGACAUUCUGAAGGUUCAGUUCCCCCGAUUCACCACUCUGGACCUGAGGCCAACCAACACCGACAUCAGCCUGGCUGUGGCUGGCCUUCUCACCUUCUUUAACAGCACCACCGCCUGCCUCAUCUGUGCACAGGCUGACUGCUUAUUGAACCUGGAGCAGCUCCUCAGGCAGUUCCUCAUCUCCAAGGAGACUCUGUCAGUGCGCAUGCUUGAUGACAGCCAGGACCCAACCCCGCUACUGAAGGAGAUCCGAGACGACAAGACUGCCACUAUUAUAGUCGACGCCAACGCCACUAUGUCACAUAUCAUUUUGGAACGGGCAUCAGAGCUGGGAAUGCUGUCAGUCUACUACACGUAUAUCUUCACCUCUCUGGAAUUCACUUUACUCCGACUGGACGACGUGGUGGACCAGCGAGUCAACAUAGUUGGUUUUUCAGUCUUCAACAAAACUCAUCCCUUCUUCCAGGAUUUUGUGCUAAGCCUCAACCGCUCCUGGCAAGAGAACUGUGACCAUGCACCCUUCGCUGGCACCCCACUCUCCUCAGCUCUGCUCUUUGAUGCGGUAUAUGCGGUGGUGGCGGCAGUCCAGGAGUUGAACCGUAGCCAGAAUGUUGGCGCCACUCAGCUCUCCUGCAAGUCCUCCAAGAUCUGGGAGCACGGCACCAGCCUCAUGAAUUACCUGAGGAUGGUAGAAUUGGAUGGUCUAACAGGCCACAUUGAAUUCAACAGCAAAGGCCAGCGGUCUAACUACGCCCUGAGGAUCAUGCAGAACAGCAAGGAUGGCCUAAGGCAGAUUGGCCUGUGGCACUCUGAAGAUGGACUGUCCAUGGAGAAAAAGCUUCCAUCAAUCAAUGUGACAGAUACCCUCUUCAACACCACUCUGACCAUCACGACAAUAUUAGAGAAUCCGUAUGUGAUGCUGCGGCCAAACCACCAAGAACUGGAGGGAAAUGACCGCUACGAAGGCUUCUGUGUGGACAUGCUGAAGGAGCUGGCAGAUAUUCUCAAGUUCAAGUAUCGCAUCCGUCUGGUGGGGGACAGACUGUACGGGGUUCCUGGAGCCAAUGGAACAUGGACUGGCAUGGUCGGGGAGCUCAUCUCAAGGAAAGCUGACCUGGCAGUCGCAGGCCUCACCAUCACAGCAGAGCGUGAGAAGGUCAUCGACUUCUCCAAGCCCUUCAUGACCCUCGGCAUCAGCAUCAUGUACCGUGUCCACCUGGGACGUAGGCCCGGCUAUUUUUCCUUCCUGGAUCCCUUCUCCCCUGGAGUCUGGCUCUUCAUGCUUCUGGCCUACUUGGCUGUCAGCUGCGUCCUCUUUCUGGUGGCCAGAUUGACGCCUUAUGAGUGGUACAACCCCCACCCGUGUCUAAAAGGUCGCUGUAACCUGCUGAUCAACCAGUACUCACUUGGCAACAGUUUCUGGUUCCCUGUUGGAGGCUUCAUGCAGCAAGGAUCCACCAUUGCUCCCAGAGCUCUGUCCACACGUUGUGUCAGUGGAGUGUGGUGGGCCUUCACAUUAAUCAUCAUCUCAUCCUACACCGCCAACCUGGCUGCUUUCCUUACGGUCCAGAGGAUGGAGGUGCCCAUAGAGUCAGUAGACGACCUGGCAGAUCAGACGGCAAUAGAGUACGGCACCAUGCAUGGAGGAUCCACAAUGACCUUCUUUCAGAACUCUCGCUACCAGACCUACCAGCGGAUGUGGAACUUCAUGUACUCAAAACAGCCCAGCGUGUUUGUGAAGAGCACGGAGGAGGGCAUCGCUCGUGUCCUCAACUCCAACUAUGCCUACUUGCUAGAGAGCACCAUGAACGAGUACUACCGCCAGAGGAACUGCAACUUGACUCAGAUUGGAGGACUGCUGGACACCAAGGGCUACGGCAUCGGCAUGCCACUGGGGUCAGUGUACCGUGAUGAGUUUGAUCUGGCCAUCCUCAAAAUGCAGGAGGACAAUCGUUUGGAGAUCCUCAAAAGGAAGUGGUGGGAUGGUGGCAAGUGUCCAAAGGAGGAGGACCACCGUGCUAAAGGUCUGGGCAUGGAGAACAUCGGUGGUAUCUUCGUGGUGUUGGUGUGUGGGCUGCUGGUGGCUAUCUUCAUGGCAGUACUGGAGUUUGUCUGGAUGUUAAGGCAGACCCCAGGAAAUGAGCAGUCAGUGUGUGAGGAGAUGCUGCGGGAGCUCCAGGGGAUCGUCCUGUGUCGCGACAGCCUGCAGGUGAGGCGCCGGCGGGCGGCUUCAAUAAUGCGACCGCGGCCCUUACCCCUAGAGGAGCGUCGGGCGCGAGCCGCCGCUGUCAGCCUCAGCAAUGGUAAGCUGUGCGGGGGCACCGGACUGCCUGAACCCCUGUCCCACAGACUGGCACAGGAGGCUGCUCUGGUUGCGAGAGGGUGCAGCCACAUCCGCAUUUGCCCCGAGUGCCGGCGCUUCCAGGGACUGAGGAUGCGUCCUACAGGGGCCACUGGGGCCCUUCCUUCUCCCACACACAGUGAGGAGAGCAUAGACUGGGACAAGACCACAAAUAGCAGUGAACCUGAAUAACCCCCAGCGAUUCCAACAGAACUGACUUUCCCAGCCACCUCGCUACCUUCCAGGAAUCAAAGAUCACAUGGUAUUUUGAGUCAGCCAUUCGGAGCUUGAUCCUAAAGGGCAGGAUAAUACUGUGAACGUUUUGCCCUAGAGGCAACAGCCAGUAGUGAGUUUUGGAAUCUGUUUGGGUGAAUUUUUCCUUGGUCAUAGGAGAAACUGAUGAGUCUGUCUCAUUGUGGUCUGUCCCUGUUGGCCCUUUGUACCGUGUAAAACAGGCUGGACAAAGACAGCUACGGGGCAUUUGUACUAUGCAGUAUUUUCAGUCAUUUAUCUUUGUGCUGUUUCUUUUUUUUUCUUUUUAAAUUAUUUCUGUCCUCUGUUGGAUUAUCAGUACUGAAUAUUGUUAUUCUAUUCUUAUUCUAAAAAAAAAAAUUUCAAACAAGUUCCUUUUUUUAUCUGACAAUUUACUGUAUGAACGUAUAUUGCCUCUGAAGCGCUGCGAAGAUGAACAGACUAAAUGCAAGGUCAUCCUUCAAAUCCUUUUAUUUUGAAAGUGCCAAAAACCAUAAGUAUUAUCUUGUGGCUGAAGAAAGCACCACAGCCUUGAGAAGACAACAGACUCAACUGAACCUAGAAAACAAACAAGCAAAGACACACAAACUUCUUUUAUAGUAGUGAUAUUCUAUUAAAAAUGUUUUAAAUGUUGGUAUCUCUGAAAGACAGCGAUGCAUGUCCAAAGGUGUUGGCAAAUGCUCAAUGAAUGAUUAAUUGCUAAAAGUGGUGGCUGAGCAGCUGAAAGAUUUCCUGUUUUGAUUACCUGCUUAAAAACAUGAUGGCUACACACACAAACAUGCACAUACACAAAGACAUCCGUUUAUUUCCUUCUCUUGUGUGUUGACAUGACUUUCUCCUCUGUCACCUGUCCUACAUCUCUGACACUGUGAUACAUUUAUUGUCUCAUCACCUGUCCUCUUUAUGAUCUCUCACUUAAAAAGAUAUACACCGUCUCCUGCAUAUUAUACAUUCUCUGUAAGAGAUUAAAACGUCCUUUUCUCACAUAUCCGAGAAUGAUUCAGGUUUCAUGAGGACAAAACAAGUGUAAGAACGAAACUGAGCACACAUCAGAACCAACCAAAAACAUGCAUUAAAAAGGUUUUUAUAUCAGCAGCUGACUUGAGUUCUUUUAAAUGUCAAGGCAGUUAAAGUUUCAUUGAAUGUGAUGUUUUACACGCUGCUUUUGAUAAGUCUUUCAGUUCAGAUCAGCCCAGGCGCUCUCUCUGGCAUUUUCAUGCUUUUAUU